ACCACUGCUUUUAGCUAAAGAGUUGUCACUUUGGAGAUACAUGCAGUGACUACAGAUUGUCUGCUCGUCGUCCACUGAGCAGUCAGGACUCAUGCCUCCAAGGGAAACAGUGUGUUUAAAUCAGCUAGUUCUUCUAGCUCUUCUUUCGGCAGGCCUUCCAAUAAACUUUGAGCAUGGUACACCUGGAGUAUUGCCAUUUUUAUCGCUAUCUCCGACUUUUACUUUUGUACGCUAUUUUAUUUUUAAUUUUUUGAUUUCUUAUUAUUAUUACAAUUAUUUGUUUAAUCUCUCAAAGUGUAUCAAUAUCCCUUGUUGUGAAGCACUUCGAGAUUUGUCUUGGCAGAUGAGAAGCGCUAUAUAAAUUAAAUGUAUUUAGUUGAUGGGCAGUGUGUAUCAGUGGUCUCCUGCCCUCUCCUCUCUGUGAGGCGAUUGGAGAGUCCAGGCCGGCCCCGGACACUCCCACCUUUGACACACUUUCAGCGCUGCAGCACCGGCAUGACUUUCAUAGCUCUCCAAGGGUGGGUGGUGCAAAGAAAUAAAUAAAUAUGGAGGCUGUAGGAGUGCAAGUGCACAGACCCUGCUCAUUUGACCCUUUCCCUUCGGAGCAGCACGGCUCCUCCAAGCCCCCGCUGAGCUCCUCCGCCAUGACAUCACGCAUCCUGUUGCGGCAGCAGCUGAUGCGGGAGCAGCUUCAGGAGCAGGAGUGGCGGGAGCAGCAGAAACAAGAGGCCUGCCAUUACCCACAAACCACAGCGGCACAGACCCCUGCCAUCAACGUCAGCGUCCCUGCCAGUCUGCCGCCUGCUGCCCAGGUGCCAAUGGAGGUGCUCAAGGUCCAGACUCACCUGGAGAACCCCACCAAGUACCACAUCCAGCGCUCGCAGCAGCAGCAGGUGAAGCGCUACUUGGGGAAGCUCGGCUCUCAGGUGUUGAGCCUGCCCUGCCACAACCAGUCCUCGGACCACGGGGGCAUGCCGCCAGGGCCGGGCAACAGCGCCCCCAACAGCCCCAUGGCCCUACUGACCCUCAACACUAACUGCGAGAAAGAGAUGGAUGAUGUCAUUGAUGACAUUAUUAGUCUGGAGUCCAGUUACAGUGAUGAAAUCCUCAGCCUGAUGGACCCAGGACUUCAGAUGGCUAACAUCCCUGUGAAUGCUAACCUCAUGGACCUGUAUGGUAAUCAGGGAAUGGCCCAGCAAGGUCUGGCCAUCAGCAACUCCUGCCCCGCCAACCUGCCCAACGUCAAAAGGGAAUACUCCGUUUCACAAUCCACGGCCCUCAUGCACAUGCUGGAUAAAUCUGGAUCGUGCGGAACAUACGACGACUAUCAAAGUCCUGAAGGCUUCCCUGGGGAAGUUAGGGCGAUGGCAAAGGAAAGGCAGAAGAAGGAUAACCAUAAUCAGAUUGAGAGAAGACGGCGGUUUAACAUCAACGAUCGAAUCAAGGAAUUGGGAACCUUAAUUCCUAAAUCCAAUGACCCGGACAUGCGCUGGAACAAAGGCACGAUCCUGAAGGCGUCAGUGGACUACAUCAGGAGACUACAGCGGGAGCAGCAGAGGGCCAAAGAGGUGGAGACUCGCCAGAAGAAGCUGGAGCAUGCUAAUCGUCAUUUGCUGUUGAGGAUACAGGAGUUGGAGAUGCAGGCGCGCGCUCACGGUCUGGUCAUCACGUCUUCGGCGCUCUGCUCGUCUGAACUGGCGGCCCGGUCCAUAAAGCAGGAGCGCUCUCUGGAGGACUGUUGCCAGGAGCUGUACACGCUGCACCCCAACCACCAGCACCUCCCAGACUGCACUGCAGAGCCGCCCGGCACCCUGGAGCUGAACGACGGCCACUCCAACUACCCCGAAGGUCCCUACAGCGUGCACGGCAAGCUGGGCUCCAAACUCAACGACAUCCUCAUGGAAGACACCCUGUCCCCGGUGAGAGGGGGGGACCCUUUGCUCUCGUCCGUCUCCCCCGACACCUCCAAGGACAGCAGCCGUAAGAGCAGUGUGAGCAUGGAUGAGAAUGAUCAGGUGUGUUAGCACCCCCUACUGGAGGACACCUGCAUCUCCAACCUUCUCCACCCUGCUGCAAAGUGUUGCCGUCUGCAGCUUACACACUCUGCUGGAGACGCUUCCUCCUGUGCGUGUCAUUUGUUUGUUUAUUUCUCCCCCGACAGUGUUUACAUGUUUUUAAUCUUUUCCAUUUCUUUUUUUUUUUAGUUUUUUGUGAUAUCUUUGUCUUUUCAAGCCCUCAACCUUGAUUUCAAAGAAUGAUUAUGAAGUACUUUUGCUUUAAUCAAAACUUUGAUGACAAUGAGUUACAAAAAUAGAAGUUUUUAUAUUUAAAAUAUAUAUAUAUGCAUUCAUCUUUGAAUAGAGGCUAGAUUAUGUUUAUUUCUAUUGAUUCCAACGAAUCUAGGGAAGUUAUACAUCAUGGUCAGAGUUGUAGAUAUUUUGUCUUGAGAUGAACACUGCUUUUUAAAUCACUAGCAAUAAUAGAAGAAAACUAUUUAUUACUAUAGUGCUUUACACUCCUCGUGUCUUAGAUUGAACUUGAAUGUGCCAAUGCCUUAUUAAGAUGGUUAUGCAUCGAUGUUGUAUUGCUAUGCACAUUUUUUGGCUGUUAGCUGAGUCUUUGUCAGUCUUCCAGUUGAAAUGUCUUCCUUGGAAAUUAUAAAUAAUAAUCAUUUGUAGAUUGUAUCUUAUUUAUGUAUCAACGUAAACAGGACUUUAUGUAAACAAUCACCUUAAAACAUGUAUUUAUAACAAGGCAUUUAAAAAGAGCCAUUUUUUUUAAUACAUGAGAUAAUAAUAAAUAAAAGCUCACUAAUGAGCAGGAUGCACAACAAUCCAGUAAAUCUAUUUGUAUCACACUGAUGCAUCCUUAACUAUCCAGAGACGGCUCAGCAGGGUGUGCCAGAUAUUUCUAAAGUAUACAUUACUCGCUGCCAAAACCACGGAAUACUUCAAACUUAAAGGUGGGGUAGGUAAGUUUCAGAAAUCGCCUCGAGUGCACUAAAAUUAGAAAGUACACAGCCGAAAAUAAUCCGCCCCUUCCUUCAGACUUCCUUACAGAGCACCUCCUCCAACACAC